AGGUUGUAAGAACCUUCAUUCCAGAAGUACCCUCAAAGGCAGAGACACCAAGAAGAAUCGGAACAUACAGGCUUUGAUGUCAAAGGUUUAUAAAGCCAAUAUCUGGGAAAGAGAAAACUGUGAGACUUCCAGAUCUUCUCUGGUGAAGUGUGUUUCCCGCAACGAUCACCAACAUGAACAUCAAAGGAUCGCCAUGGAAAGGGUCCCUCUUGCUGCUGCUGGUGUCAAACCUGCUCCUGUGCCACAGCGUGGCCCCCUUGCCCAUCUGUCCCGGUGGGGCUGCCAGAUGCCAGGUGACUCUUCGAGACCUGUUUGACCGUGCCGUCGUCCUGUCCCACUACAUCCAUAACCUCUCCUCAGAAAUGUUCAGCGAAUUCGAUAAACGGUAUACCCAUGGCCGGGGGUUCAUUACCAAGGCCAUCAACAGCUGCCACACUUCUUCCCUUGCCACCCCUGAAGACAAGGAGCAAGCCCAACAGAUCAAUCAAAAAGACUUUCUGAGCCUGAUAGUCAGCAUAUUGCGAUCCUGGAAUGAGCCUCUGUAUCAUCUAGUCACGGAAGUACGUGGUAUGCAAGAAGCCCCGGAGGCUAUCCUAUCCAAAGCCGUAGAGAUUGAGGAGCAAACCAAACGGCUUCUAGAGGGCAUGGAGCUGAUAGUCAGCCAGGUUCAUCCUGAAACCAAAGAAAAUGAGAUCUACCCUGUCUGGUCGGGACUUCCAUCCCUGCAGAUGGCUGAUGAAGAGUCUCGCCUUUCUGCUUAUUAUAACCUGCUCCACUGCCUACGCAGGGAUUCACAUAAAAUCGACAAUUAUCUCAAGCUCCUGAAGUGCCGAAUCAUCCACAACAACAACUGCUAAGCCCACAUCCGUUUCAUCUAUUUCUGAGAAGGUCCUUAAUGAUCCAUUCCACUGCAAGCUUCUUUUAGUUUUAUCUCUUUUGAAUGCAUGCUUGGGUGUAACAGGUCUCCUCUUAAAAAAUAAAAACUGACUCCUUAGAGACAUCAAAAUCUAAAA